GUACAGAAAGAAUGACUGCCAACAAUCGAAAACCGUCGAUACAAAUGUUGAAAGAUCUGGUCAGGCUAGUACUCGUACGUACUCGUACUCGUGACAUAUCCCUGCUGAGGCGAUGAGUUCGACGUUGAGUAGCAUGCGAUUACGUACUACAAAGUACUUCUACUUUCGAUUCGUUCAGAUGCCACAAACUCCUCCUCAAAGAAUUAAUGAUCGUAAAAUAGCUGCUUUGUGACGAAAGACGAUGGCAAACGUACCAGGCACCACCCGAGACGAAAAGAACGACAAUGGUUUGAGUCCGGUCGUCGCUCCUGACAGCAGCAGUCUGCUAGAAGCAACUGGCGCAGAUAUCACACCCAAUCCACCCAAUCCCCCUAAUGUUAUUCAAGCUCCAGAAGAAGAAAUAUUCUUUGAUGACCAAGCAGACCUUCCGCCUAUGGAGAAAAAAGUUGUCGGAGCUGCUGGGCAGCUGACGACAGCCGAGAUGCUCGAAUUAACUUUAGAUCGCAACUUUCAAAUGAGUCGUUUGGCUACCCAGUAUUACUAUACACGCCAUUUUUGGAUGAUGUUUCUCCCGUCUGUGUCAAUCACAAUGAUAUCGGGAAUUAUGGCGUUCAUGAUCAAAAGUGAAAUAACUAUGUCGGAGACAGUCAGUAAUUGGAUUGCUUUCCUCGUUGGAUCAUUCUCCAUUAUGAGUAAGUUAGGCCGUUUGUGCCACAAAUUUUGGGCUUCGUAUUGUCCUUUCCUACAUUGCCUCACCUACUGAUUUGGCGUCGUUUUGCAAUCUGUGCAGAUGUGUUUCUACAAAAUCUAAGCAAUGAGCUAAACUAUGAUCAUUGUUGCAAGAGUCAAAGAGCCGUUAGCCUCGGGUUGAAAAGGAUUUUGGCAGAAAUGGAAUUCCACAAAUCCACCACAGGUGGCAUUCCAAUUGAGAAAAUUCAUGAAAUCGAGAAGACGAUGAAUACAAUCAUGGGACAGAACGAUGCUACAGUCCCCGCAGCUAUCACAAGCGCCUACGAACUUGCAAAAACUAGGCUUAGUUUGCGACUAUUCCCUCCCGUUCGUUUCGACGACAACGAUCCAUACGCGUCGAACAAACUCUCGUGGUCACAAACCAUGCACACAGUUCAUAAUGAGCUUUUGUGUGCAAUCGCCAACUCCCCAGGGUGGCCAUUAAGAAUUCCAAAUGCAGAAGAAGUGGUUCAAAUCGCAAUCCAGCGAGUGGUCGAAAUAUUAAAAGAAGAACAACAUAACGAACUUUACAAGGCACUUUUAGACGGCCAGGAGUUGAUCCGUGUCAAAAAUAUAGAAAACAAGCGAAAGAGGAAAAAAGAAAGGCUUCGUUCUGCAAUUGGUGCCUUUAGCGGCAUCGCUUCCGCUAUGAGAAAAAAUGAGAAGAUUAAGGGGUGGAGCAGUAAUCGUACGACGGAUGAAUCAACGGCUUUGCUUGAGAAGGCACCAGAGAAUAGUGGAGGUCAAAAAUAUUGGAGUAUGUUGGCCAACGGAACUUCGAAUCAUGAUAAUAAUUAUGAUUCCAGCAUUCCAUGAGGGAGCAAGAUAGAUAAUACACACUCAUCAUUGUUUACUUUUGUUUCACUUUCUGGCGUUGGUAACUUGUAGGUUGUUGGUGUUGGUAAUCAUUAUUGCCCCAGGAAGUUGAUACAGGUUUUCCAAGUAUUGCUUUGAAUUUGGUAAUGAAAGUAAUACAGUUAUUAACGGCAA